GCGGCCUCUAAAGUUAAGGGAUAUACAAGCGCCGGCAGGAGGGGACACUCCAAUCUCAUUCAUAGUGUUUGGUGCUCAAGCAUGUCGAUUUAGCUUUAGAAGAUGGAACUGCGAGUGACAAGCGUCCUUCUUCUGCUCCUGGGCUUGACCGUGGUACACGGAGAGCGGUACUACGUCAAGAAACCAGCUAAGCACCAGUACCAGCCAUAUGCCGUGAAGGGUCAUGUAGUGCCAAUGGCAGGAGAUCAAGGUCCCCCAGGAGAGCCAGGUGCCCCAGGUGAGCCAGGACAGCCAGGACCUCCCGGCCCCCCUGGUAUUGGGCUUCCAGGACCAGAGGGACCCCCUGGACCUCCAGGACCAGCCGGUUAUUCUGCAGCUGGGAAACCAGGUACUCCAGGUGGACCUGGAAAACCUGGUGACAGAGGCUCAACUGGUCCAAGGGGAGAGACAGGUGCUCCCGGGCCUCAGGGUCCCAGAGGUAUGCCUGGCCCUGCUGGUAGCCCUGGACCUGCUGGUAUCUCCUCACCUGGCAAAUCUGGACCACAAGGUGCUACUGGACCUAUGGGUCCAAGAGGCGAGCCUGGUAUUAAGGGACACCCUGGUGCUCCUGGCUUGCCUGGACAGAAGGGAGAGAGGGGCUAUGGCAUUCCAGGUGCCCCAGGUGAGAGAGGUGCUACUGGGCCAAUGGGUCCUGCUGGACAGCCUGGGCAGCCUGGUGUUGGAAAGCCAGGCAAACCCGGAUUUCCUGGCGAGCCAGGAAAGUCAGGUACACCAGGUCGUGAUGGGGCUUCGGGACCAAUGGGACCGUCUGGGGCAAAGGGCCAGCCUGGAACUCCAGGGGUAGGAAUGCCAGGAAAGCCUGGUGAGAAUGGUGCUCCAGGUAUGCCUGGCCCCAUGGGGCCUAAAGGUCCACAGGGUGCUACCGGUGCACCAGGAGAGCCUGGCAUUCCUGGCUAUGGAAAACCAGGAGUUUCUGGACAGAAAGGAGAAAGAGGAGUUGUUGGUAGUCCUGGUACAACUGGUCAGAAGGGAGAGCCUGGACCUAUGGGUCAUACUGGUCACACAGGUGCAACUGGUGCUACAGGUCCAGCUGGUCCUCAAGGCCCCAGGGGUUUCCAGGGAGAGCAUGGAGCACCCGGAGCUAAAGGUGAUAGUGGUGCAAUGGGACCACAGGGGCCAAAGGGAGCUAAGGGUGAUCAAGGGUCACGGGGUUCUGAUGGCAAAUCAGGUUACCCUGGAGCUGCCGGUCCAGUUGGUCCACGAGGAGCUACCGGAGCUCCAGGUAGCAAGGGUGAGCAGGGAUACACUGGUGCACCUGGUACCCCAGGAGCAGCAGGGCCUGUAGGGCCUAAAGGAAAUCCAGGACAUGAUGGGGCUCCCGGGGAAAGAGGAGAGGAUGGAACUCCAGGAGCAAGAGGACCAGUUGGUCCUCCUGGUCCUUCUGGUCUGCCAGGUGCCAAGGGUCACCCUGGUCUUCCUGGGUCUCCUGGCCCUGCAGGUGUAGUUGCAAAGGGAGUGCCUGGUCCUCGGGGUCCUCCUGGCCUUCCUGGUUCCAGGGGUCAAGAUGGUAUCCCAGGACCUGCUGGACCUCCCGGCCCACCCGGUCCCCCUGGUGAAGUAAUUUUCGAGAAGGGCGUGUCCCCUGAGAUUAUGUUGCCUGGUGAGCUUGUCAAAGUCCCUACUUCUGCUUUCUCAGCUCUGCUGAACAAACCUUACCCUCCUGCUGGAGAGCCCAUUCAGUUUGACAUUAUUGUGUACAAUGCAGAGAAUCACUAUGAUCCUAACAGUGGAAUCUUUACCUGCCAUGUGCCUGGAGUCUACUACUUUAGCUACAACCUGCAUGUGAAUGGUGCUCAUGCUCUGGUGGCUCUCUACAAGAAUGAUGAACCCGUUGUGUUCACUUACGAUGAGUACAACAAAGGUUUCCUGGAUCAAAUGUCCGGCAGCACUGUCCUGGCUCUCCAGGAGGAGGACAGAGUCUAUGUGAAAAUGCCAAAUGAUGAUGCCAAUGGCGUCUUUGCCGCAGAGAACGUGCACUGCUCUUUCUCUGGCUUCCUGAUUGCCUCGACGUGAUGUGGAGUUCCCAAAAUCACAACACAACUUUUAAGUCAGCAGUUUAUUUAGAGCGAUGUCCACGUCUUAUUGCUCGGCUACCAAACAGGUCAUUCGGGAAGAGGAAAGGGGGGAGGGAAGUGAAAAGCAUCUUAACUUGAAUACACAAUCAGUGGGUGCCUGUAAGAAGGAAACAAUUUUGUAUUACAGUUUAUCAGGGACAGGCUACAGUUUACAUGGUAUCAAAUGUUCCAACACUCUUUUGCAGAUGAAGAGAGCGAGUCAAACUGAUGAAGCUUUCUGUAAUGUUUCCUAACGAUAACUUUUUUCUUUUGUACUGUUUAAAGGAUUUUUUUGUUUUGUUUUGGAAGAACAGUGUUCCUGGAAACAUAACCAAUAAUUAAUAUUGAUUAAUCAGUAAAAAAAAGAACAUGGUUAUAUUCUGUAUACAAUGUUGUAUGUGACCUACUGGAAAACUGUACAAAAUGCAAGAGCACAAAAAUGAGUUUCUGAGGAGAAUCAAUGAUAAAAGAGAGCAAGUUUAAGUAUGGUGUGUCAACAACAAAACUGUAUCCAUGGAAGGCAGUGUGCUUUGUACAACAUUUGACCAAAAUAAAGAUUUUAGU